AUGUCUUCGUCAAGUGAAGAACUAGAUGUCACCUCCACGGAGGAAGUUACCAGGCCAUCCAAGCCAACCUCUCGGCCUGUUUCGCCGGCGCUCUCGCGCCAUUCAGUCUACGAGAGAAAGCCCAAGGAUCCCACCAAGAGGGUCAGCUCAAGGAGCAGGAUGACUGUGCCCAAAAGAAGGGCUCCAAUGGCUUCGGCUAGCCCCAAGAAGCCAAACAAACAGUUCAAGGCAGUAAACCCCCGAGAAGCCGCGGUAAACCCCAAAACAGUGGUGCGAGCCCAUCCCUCCAUAGAGGUCACCACCUCAGCUGGCCUCUUGACAAAGGCCAAAAGAGUCAGUCGCAUUCCUAUAAAAUGCGUCAAUCCGCGGCCCCGGCCUGCUGCAUCAGCCGCGGCUCCAGGCCAAUCUGCAGUCGACGGGCCCAGACCCGCCGUUCCCCAGCCGUCAGCAGUAACGCUCGAUAUCGAGGACAUCCUCCUCCAAACCCCUGAGCCUAUCCGGACGCCGCCCACGUCGUCCCCGUUCCUUCCUUCCCUUUCGCCUACUCCACCUGCUCCUCGCCCACAAGCUUCGCCCCGACCCGUCGUUACUCCCCCUACCUUCACCUCGCCAAUCAAUCUGGUGUCCCCCUCCAUUGUUAUUCUCUCUCCCAUUGCCUCUCCGUCCUCCACGCUGAGGCCGCAGUCCUUGCGGGGCUCCCCUCGGCGGCCUAUGAUAAUCAAGGUCGCCGACGCGAAACUGCAGACUCCAGCCUGGAUGCUGGAGAGUCUGAUCGAAGAAUACCUGGGGAAGGCGCCAUCAAAGACGUUGCCGCCCUGGUUGGUGAGGAAAAUGGAGCUGGCGGCGUGUCGGUCGCGCGCGAGGGCGCGCCUUCAUCAGGACGAGCAACCGGAAGAAGGACGGCGCAGAGGACAGCACAGCGGGCGACGUCCAGAGCCCCAGCGGCAGAGGAGUCACCAAUCAAGCCGCAGUCAGCCACGCUCCGGCUCUAGAGACCAGCGUCGUUCGAAAGACCAGCGUCGUUGA